AUGUCAUCCAAAGUCGUCUCAUCCAUUCUCAUGGAGCAAGCUUCUUCCAAGCCAAUGUUGAAGCCUACUGAGAUCAUAAAGGAUUUUAAGAAAUAUUAUGGAUUGGAUAUUUCAUACUAUAAUGCGUGGUACGAGAAGGAAUCAGCCGAAAAAAUGAUGCAUGGUGACGAAUCGUUGUCAUACAAUCACUUGGCUUGGCCUAUGUCGCUUGCCGCUACUGGGAAAAGUGGAAACCAAGGUACAUAUCCUUUAGCCCUUGCGGUUGUUAACUCUAAAAAUGAAGAGAACUGGUCUUGGUUCCUCCAAAACUUGUCAAAAAUCGUCACUCUUCAAGGAAGAACCUUUACAUUCAUAUCUGAUAGACAAAAGGGGUUGAUCGAAGCAGUGAUCAUUCAGCUUUUUGGGAAAUGUGCAUAUGCUCCUACCGAGGAUGCAUUUGAAAUGCAUCUGAGGAUGUUAAUGGAGGAAGGUGGUGCUGUAAUGAGGGACUUCUUGAAAACGCUUCCAAAAGAAAAUUGGGCAGCCGCUCAUUUUCCAGGCCCAAAAUACGGCGAAAGGUGUUCAAACGUAGCUGAAUCCUUGAAAACGCUUCCAAAAGAAAGUUGGGCAGCCGCUCAUUAUCCAGGCCCAAAAUACGGCGAAGGGUGUUCAAACGUGGCUGAAUCCUUUAAUGCAUGGAUUGUCGAUCAACGUUUUUUGCCCAUAUACCAGAUGCUUGAUGGAAUUAGGGCCAAAAUCAUGGAGAUGAAUGCACAAAGGAGGCGUGUAGCUGAGGGUUGGAAAACUUUCCUUUGCCCAAAAAUGGAGACCAUUAUGCAAGAUUUGCUGGAAUGCGGGCGCCAUUGGGAUGCUGGUCGUUCAAAUAUCGAUAGGCAUGCACAGGAGGAAAAUGAAGAAAUACUGAUUAAUCCACCAUUGACAAAGAAACCUCCCGGAAGACCAAGGGUGAAGCGAAUCAAAUCAUCGGGGGAGCGGACAAGGCCAAUUACAUGUUCUAGGUGUGGAACCCUGGGUCACCACAACAGAAAGGCUUGCACUGCCGAAAUUUGA